AUGAUAUCUCAGGAAGUGGCCAACAACGCCCUGGACACCACUCUGGCUGCUGUGCAAUCACUCAUAAAGUGUUGCAUGAACUUGAAGGAAGCCGACCCAGAAACCUUAAGGCUCUUGGAUGAGAUCGCCAGGCGAGUGGGUGGCACCUUUGAGAGUGUCCCCAAUUGGACCUCGGUCGCAGCAGAUGACCCAAGGAUCAAGAGCCACCCACAAUUCGAAAAGACUGUGGACUAUCGCCCACCCUCUGUCUUUGAUGUUUCUCUACUUGCGACAUCGAGCACAAUUCCCACCACCUUUCCCACCCCAUCAGCUCACAUUGUCCCACCCUUGACGACCUCAGCUCUAGCAUCAAUGCCAUCCCAUGCAGACCCAGAUAUUAUUGCCAAGCCGGUCCACCCGCAAGAUUCCACCACCUCUAUUUCAACAAAAAAAAUGCAGAAGGGAGUUUUCCAGGCUGGCAAUAGCAAGAAGAGAAAGGCAGACAAUGAAGAUAUAGAUGGGGCUGUUGUAAUUGAAACCCCCAAGUUGCCUUCUCUGUCCCAACAGCCUCUGAAAAAGAAGUUCAAGUUGAAUGUCGAAAAAAGGCCCACCAGAAUUAUUUAUGUGAAACCAACGCUCAAGGCAUUACUGCCUGUCACCACAGACAAGGAUGUUCCGCUAGGCAAUGGCCAGGGCCUCUGGGACGCAGAAACUCUGCCUGCAGAAUGGGGCUCAGAUGCUCAUAUUGCUACCCCAUGCCAGCAUUCCAUUUGCUAUCACCCCCGGAAGUGCGACAAAUGCACGAAGUUGGACAUACCCUGUGUUGUCCUUCCAGAUAAAAAGUUCGGAUGCACACGACUUGUGUGCACAAAUUGCAACCUCAUGAAGGUCACCUGUGCGAUCGACGGUGUCGGUGUGAGGAAGAGAAUGCAGGCAAAGGCAGCCAUGGCUUCAUCAAAUUCUGCUGAGCACUCUGGAAUGCGCAUUCGGAAGUCCUGCAUGAUCUCUCGGGUUCAACUUAACAUUGCUGAAGAGGUGGAGCAACAACCUGGCCUGCCAGCUGAUGUGCUGAUGAAAAUGCUCACAAUUAUUAGCAUAAGCCAACAGUCCAAACAGGGUGAUCAGUUUGCGCCAACUAAUCGCACCGAUCCUGAACCAACUGCAAGAGACAUCCUGCAGGGCAUUCAGGACCUCAGCAGGAAAUUUGAUCUUCUGGCCACUAAUGAGCGGAUGGACACCUUGGAUGUAAGAGUGCGUUCAGUGGAGACUAUCCUCCACCUGGGCCGAAAAAAACUAGCUGGGCCCAUCUAUGACCCCUACCCAAUCAGUAUCACAUCCAUAUACUAA